CGCUCCGCCGCUCUCGCGAGAGCAGCGCUGACCGGCCAUGGAGCCGGGCGUGGAGGAGUUGAUGCCGCGGCUGCUGCCCGUGGGGGACUGGGACCUGGCCGAGGACUUCGACCCUACGGUGCCUCCCAGGACACCUCAAGAGUAUCUGAAGCGCGUCCAGAUUGAAGCAGCACGAUGUCCCGAUGUGGUCGUGGCAAAAAUAGACCCCAGAAAAUUGAAAAAGAAGCAGACAGUAAACAUUUCAUGUUUUCUCAGAUUUCCGGAUGUCAGCCUGCUCCUGAAGGAUACUCUCCAACACUCAGGUGGCAGCAGCAGCAGGUGGCCAAUUUCUCAGCUGUACGUCAGAGCCUGAACAAGCACAGAAAUCACUGGCGGUCACAACAUUUGGACAGCAAUGUUAUUAUGCCAAAAUCAGAGGAUGAAGAAGGCUGGAAGAAGUUCUGCCUGGGUGAAAGAAUACACUCAGAAAUAGAUGCACUACCCGAUAAUGAAAAUAUAGGAAUUGAUUACAUGAAGGUGGGCUUUCCCCCUUUGCUAAGUAUUGUAAGCAGGAUGAAUCAGGCAACAGUAACCAGUGUCUUAGAAUACCUGAUAAGUUGGUUUGGAGAGAAAAAAUUUACUCCAGAACUGGGUAGAUGGCUUUAUGCGCUGUUGGCAUGCCUAGAAAAACCUUUGCUACCUGAAGCUCACUCCCUUAUUCGACAGCUGGCAAGACGAUGUUCAGAAGUCAGGGCAAUGGAGGAGAACAAGAAUGAAGAACAAAUAUCAGCUCUGAACUUGAUAAUAUGCUUAGUUAGCAGGUACUUCGAUCAACGUGACCUGGCUGAUGAGCCUUCCUAGGCCAUUUUGACAAUAUCCAGUAUUUUGCAUUGCCAUAGUACAAACAGCAUUAUCAGAGUUAACAGCAAGACACUGCACUGUUCAGACCCAAAGUACCAUACAAUCCCUUCAGAAUACUCUCACCCUAAUACAUUUGGGACAACUAUGAGUACCUUAAGCUGAACUUUAGCAUGAAAUUGUCAACGUCUCUGAUACCAUCAUCACCAUCAUCGUGAAAUGGUAAAUGAACUGUCUGGCAUCAUCUCUCAAGCUCCUGUCUUUGUAAACUACAUUCUUGGUUAGAAAUUUCUACCAUUUGAGUAAUCCUAUGAACACUGCUAUUAGGUAAAGUCUGAGGUUACAUUACAAAUGAUUGUUCUUUUUCUAACAGACCUACUGAGGACUUUUUUUAAUAAAAUUAAAGGAUUUUAUGGAGUGUUCGUAAA